AUGUCCGCCAUGUCGUUGAUAGGUCGCUGUUUUGCCAAACAGAUCGCCGAAGUUUGUUGUAAAGCGGUUUCAGUGUCGUGUCAAGUGCAGCCAAGUAGGAAUCAAUGGAAUCUGGUGAAACUUCCGAAACCCGGAGAGAAAGGAAAGAGCUUCCGGAGGAUCGUUCACUACAAAGAUGAAUACACAGUGCAGCCUUUAGAGGUUACAAAUUUGGGAGGCAGAGAUCCCGCUACAGGAAGAGUAGUGGGGAAAGGUAUCGGCGGAGGUAUCAAACACAAAUACCACUGGAUCAAAUGGAUUAGGGAGGGCCCAACCGAUUUGAACGUACCGCCAAGAGAGGACAAGGUUUUGGCGAUAUUGAAAGAUGGCUGCAGAACGACGUCCGUCGCUCUAACUGGAUUUGGCCGUGAGUUGCAGUACAUCCUUGCCACGGAGAACAUGAAAGUUGGCGAUAUACUUCGUACUCAUCGCGGUAUCCCUCCAAACCCCGUAAGACCGAGGGAAGGUGACGCGUAUCCAUUGGGAGCGUUGCCUAAAGGAACAAUCGUGCAUUGCGUGGAGAAAUAUCCCGGUUUGGGAGGUUUUUUUAUUCACGCUGCCGGAACUUUCGCAACGGUAUUGAACCGAGACGGUGUGGAUCGCGUCGUGAUCAAGAUGCCAAGCAAGAGGGAAUUCAGUUUGCACGAAAGCUGUAUGGCGACUGUCGGUAGAUUAUCGAACGUAGAACACAACAAGAUACCUAUCGGCAGCGCGCAGAAAAACAGGGAACUAGGAAAUCGACCGAGGAGCGGUCUAUGGCAGAGAAAAACUGGUCGCUUCGGUCGGAAGUUAAAGGCUAUUCCGCCUGUACGUAGGAUCGAAUUCACUGCAGACUGGCAACAAAAAACAGUGCAGUACGAAUUGAAUGUUACGAAUUUGAACGAUUAA